GCCGCGAGCGAGGCAGGGGCUGAGAUGUCCCUGCGCGCGCCGCUGGCAGACCCGGGCUGCCCGUUCCCAGGGAUGGCUGGUUGGGAGGUAGAUGAUUAAGCUGCAGACAUGGAAGGGAAAGGACCCUACCGCAUCUACGACCCUGGUGGGGGGACACAGGAAGAGGCAGCCGCAGCCUUUGAGCGGCUGGUGGAGGAGAACACCCGGCUGAAGGAGAAGAUGCAGGGGAUAAAGUCUCUAGGAGAACUGCUGGAAGAGUCCCAGAUGGAAGCAUCGAAGCUGCGACAGAAGGUGGAGGACCUUGUGAAGGACAAUGAGAUGCUGAAGUCGUCUUCCUCUUUCGACAAACUGCCUGAAAUAACAGGAGGUGAUCCAGAGCCACACCUGUCCCCUGCGGAUCCAGGCAAAGCUGAGAAGAAGCCGGAUACAGACGCUCAGAAGCCUCCAUCCACUGGAUCCUCGUCAGAGUUCGAAAUUGUAUCUGGUGAGGACAAGAGGUUUUCCCAGGAGAGCAGGAAGUCGGACGCAGAGCUGCAUAACGAGGACACUAACCUGAUGCUGCACCUGCAGCGGCUGGAGAGCACCCUGAGCGUCUUUGCCGAGGAGCCGGACAAGAACCAGGUCUUGGCUCACCUGGGGCGCAUGGCCCUGGAGUUUAACCGCCUGGCCUCCAAAGUGCACAAGAACGAGCAGAGGACGUCCGUUCUGCAGACGCUGUGUGAGCAGCUGCGUAAUGAGAACGAGGACCUGCGGGCAAAGCUGGAGAAGGAUUUGGAGCAGAGGAACCAGGCUACGGAGAAGCUUAGGUGUGAGAACCUGGAGCUGAAGAAGAUGGUGAUGAUGAGCAACAAGGUGGGCGUGAAAGGGGACGGUGUGGAGAACGCUGGCCAGCAGCAGAGUGGAGCGCUGGCAGAGAAAGCAUCGGGCAAGGGCGUGCCAGGGGCCAGUGAGAAGAAGGUGAAGAUCCUCGAGCAUCAGCGCAAUGAGCUGCUGGAGGUGAACAAGCAGUGGGAUCAGCACUUCAGGUCCAUGAAGCAACAGUACGAGCAGAAGAUCACGGAUCUGCGCCAGAAGCUGGUGGACUCCCAGAAGGCGCUGAAUGAGCUGGAGGCAGAGCGGGAGCCGAAGCAGAGGGACUUUGAUCGCAAGCUUCUCCUGGCAAAAUCCAAGAUUGAAGUGGAGGAGGCAGAAAAGGAGAGGCUGGCUGGGGAGGUGAGGGAUCUGAAGCAGAGAAUCAAGUUCCUGCAGGAGCAGCUGACACCGGUCACCAAGCAAAGGGAGUACCAGGAGAAGGAGAUCCAGAGGCUAAACAAGGCCCUGGAGGAGGCCCUGAAUGUCCAGGCCCCUGCUUCUGCCCCUUCUGCACUCAGUAACGCCACGGAGCCGGGCGGGAGCAUGAGACCACACGAGCUGCUGACCCAGAACGAGCUCCUGAAGCAGCAGGUGAAGAUCUUCGAAGAGGACUUCCAGCGGGAGCGGCGCGACAGAGAGAGAAUGAACGAGGAGAAAGAAGAGUUGAAGCAGCAGCUGGAGAAACUUAAGAAGCAGUUAACAGUCUCCAACAACCAGCUGCGGCUCUUCAAGGAUGACUGUCAGAGAGAGAAGGAGGAGAAGGAGAAACUGAAGAAGCUGCUGAAGCAGCACAAGCAGGUUUCUGGAGAGAGGCUGCACCCAGAGCCGGUCCCGGGGCCUCUCGGCCCUGCCUGCCCCAUGUACCAGUUCCAGUAUAGCCCUCCAGUGCCCCACCACGUCUACCGUGGCUACGAGGACUGGCAGCAAAUCCGGUACCCACCUUCAGCAAUGCCAGGCGACCAUCUACCAGUGCAAAACUUCCACCACUUCCCUCCUCCAGAAUACACCUGGCGCCCACCUUGUGCUGUGUCCAGGGCCCAGAACUCCCAAGCAGUGGAGGGAGUGAAACCGCUGCCCAAGGAAUCCGCAGAUCCUUGAUGGGCUGGGAUGUCUCCCUCCGGAGCUGCUGAAGAGAGAACGCCCCGUGCCCUGCGGAGUUGCUGAGGAGCAAGUCGCGUGGGUGCUUCCUUGGAAUCCCGGCCUACAGGGGUUGUGCAAAUGGCCACGUGUGGUGAUCUUGUUCCUAGCCAUGUCGCUUGGGUUUUAAUUUGAUUCCCAGCCUUGCAUUCUGCAGCAGCACCUGCUGGGAGCCUCCCAUUUCCUAUGUUUCAACAGAGCCUUCGGUGGCGGAUUUUGCUGCAGCCUGGUUUUGUAUUUUAACGUGUAUUUGCUGGCUGACCCCAGAGACUUUCCCCGUCAAAUAGUGUAGGUGGGCGAGCCGCCCCAUACAAUCCCAUGACGAGCAGAGAGGCCAGCUGAACAGAUGUCUGAUACCCUGGAUAGAUGGGUGGGGGAGAGGGUUUAAUUGUUUGUUGUUCUUUUCAUAGUUAAAAAGAAGCCAAGCUGAAGCUAAACUGAAUCCAUUGGUUCAUGUCAUUUACCUGUGAACACUCUCUAGGACUAAAGUGAGCGCUCUGGCUUGAAUGGCUUUUAAAGUGUCCCGAGUCCAGGGGCCAAAUGUAAAUGUCUCUCGACGCUCCAUUGAAACUUGGGCGUGUAGCGCUUGCCCCAUGUAGAUACUGCCCAGCCCUCUGUACAUACAUAUACAUACACACUCGCUGUCUAUAGAAGAUGUGGCAACCCUCAUUCUCUUAUUAGAUUGACCUCACAGUCCAGUCUCUGAGUGAUCAGGGAGCCACAGGCCUAUGGUGUGCAAUAACUCUGCCUUUAUUGCUCCCAGGGAGUAGGCUGUGAACUCUACCCCUCUUCUCCCACAUCCCCAAAGCAGAGCUAACGAGCCGCCUUUCAGUAACGAGUUAAGAUUUUAGGGCCUGAUUCAGUAAAGUACUUUAAGCACAUGUCUAACAUCAGGCGUGCUUUGAAGUCCGUGGGACCUCUCACCUGCUCAAAGGCAAGCGUGUGCUUAACUAGCUUGCUGACCUGGGGACCCGAGGAAGAGGAGGAAAACCUGAUGGAAGCAGCAAACAAUAGACAAGUUCAUUCGUGGGCCCAGGCAGACCUCUUCUACUCCGUCCUGUUCUAUCCCACUGCAAUGUGCCCCUGGGCUUGCCCUGCCCGGGGUAGCUGUUGCGAAGUGCUGGGGUAUGCUGAACAGGAGGCGCUGCGUACUUGCUGUUUAGUACUGAUAGUGGCUUCGAAGGGGUGACGGGUCUUCCAAAGAAAAAAAUGACAAUGAAACAAGGUCUGAGGACAGGAAAGGAAUGGCUGGGGUUCCGAUCCCUCGGUCUCCCUGAAGAGGCUAACGUGUCUGUUCUUAUGCGUGCGUAUUGUGGGUGCAGUGUAUUGUUGUCUGUAAUUAAUCUGCUGUAUGUUAAUGUUGACACGCAAAUGGUAAUGUGUACUUUGGGGGGUUCUCGCCCCUCCUUUCUUGUGGAUGUCACUUCCCCUGGUUCCUCCAAUUCCCUGUUAGCUGCAUGGGCUAGUUCUGGGGAACAGCGGACAGAUCUCUGCCGUUCUCUAUACUGUCGAAUGAUAACUUGAAGGGAAGGGAAGGGGAGAAGAGGAGCUUUUCACCCCAUCUUCUCUGCAGAGAAAACACCCAGCUCAUUGUCCCCCACCUUUUCCUCCCCUACUCCAUCUCUUGGGUUUCCUUUCUGGGAUGUGAAUGGACUCCGGUCCCCUCCAGAUGCUAACAGUCCCUGGAAAGGGACUAACCCCAUCGGAGGGAGGUGCUGUGGGUUGUCGUAACCCUGGACAAUUGUAGGACAUAGGGGGGUAAAUUCAGGAAGUGCGCAGUAUGAUGGAGCACCCUCAGCUCCCUAAAACACUCGCGCUUCAUUAGCCCAAAGCUGGGGCCAUUAACUUGACUGUUGUCUGUGAUCACAUGGCACCCGUGUCCCCAAGAACCCAUAUCUGGCCAUCGCUGGCAUGUGACUGAGGGUUUCAGACUGUCAAUCUAACAGCGCUGUAUGUAGUGAGCUGGCCUCUGUCUGGUUCAUAGGAGCGGCCCCAUGGGCUUCCCAGGCACUGUUCACAUGUGCAAAGCAAGCGGAUUUGGCCACGGGGGUGUGAAGACAAGGCUACCAAUGUAACCCAGGCUAAUAGAAGCGGUUCCUUGUCCGCUUCUAGGGGCUGGUCCAUAUGGAGAGAUUUGAGUCUGCUUCUGCCUCCGAACUAAUGGACUUGCUCUUCUGGCUCAAAAUCUGUCCUGCCUGCCCCAGACCCGAGGGAGAAUAACAAAACCCAGCUCUGGAGGCUGUACUAUUCCCAUGGAUCCGGCCCUAUAGCAAAAGGGACACCCACCCUGCUUACAGUGAGUGAAGCCUGUAACUAGCAUCCGCGUGUGUAAAACGCUCCAUGAUUUGAUCUGCCCUGACAUCAGUCACUCAGCUCUGUGGGUCCCCCCGGGUCCUGCUGGCUUCCUGUGACUGUCCAGUUCUGCACCCACCGCCCCGUGUCUGGGUUUUUUUCAGUGUGGCUCCUAAACAACCCAGCCUCUCGUUCCUUUGCUCUGGUUGCUCCCUGUCCCUUCAGUUCCCUGUUCACGUGGGUUAAAUCCCGUUCCUUACAGCUCUGGAUCUAGGCCUGGAUUCAUGUCAAUCUUGUAUGCGAAAAGCCAACCUUGCUCCAGAUGAAAACUAGUCUGAAGAGUGACGUCCCCGUAGGGGUCUGCCCUGGGGCAUUGGGAUCCACCAUUAAAUGUCUAGCUCUAGGCUGCCUUUCUAGCCGAUGGCUCUGUUUACACUACGCACAGUGACCCGCGUUGAUAUUGCAGCUGAAAAGGGGUGAGGGGGCUAGUUUUUCUUACCCCAAUCCCCAUGGGUUCCCCACAUGGAGAAGACCAUUUCCAUGUAUUUGGGAUGUUUCGCCAUCCAUUUUGCCCACACGUUUUGACAUGCUAAUGUUUUAAACUGAUACAAAUCCAGCCACUCAGCCUAGGUUUUGAAAUGCACCCUGUGUAGCAAAUCUCCUGGAAAACAAUACCCCUCCAUUCCCCCAGGGGGCAAACGUCUACCCCAGAGACGCAUGUACAAAUCUCUGACACGGGUUGCUUGAUUGGUUGGUUUCUGUGCAGAAAAAUUAUUAUGAAUUGUAACGAUAACUAUUCCUUUGCAAUACUCCUUAAUAAACUAUCAGGAGAUUUUCCACCCCUG